GUACAAUGCGAAAAGGGAAGUUGAAAGAAGUGGGAGAGGGACACCGCGGAGCCUUGCGAAACCAUACCGACUCAGUACCUGUCCGGAUAGUCGACACACUGUGAACCGACUCCGAACAGCGGCGGAUACAUCGGCCCGGAGACAACGCUCACGUUACCCAGGCCGCCCGUCUUCUCUUUUCGGUGUUCUUGAAAGUUUUUGCCACCACAUCAGUAUUCGGGGGAAGACACCACACAGAGUGACAUGGCAAGUAGAGGCGGAGCCACACGACCCAAUGGACCUAAUGCAGGCAACAAGAUCUGCCAGUUCAAACUUGUGCUUUUAGGAGAGUCGGCGGUGGGAAAGUCAAGUCUUGUACUUCGAUUUGUCAAGGGUCAGUUUCACGAAUUCCAAGAGAGCACAAUCGGAGCUGCCUUCCUGACUCAGACGGUAUGUUUGGACGACACAACAGUCAAAUUUGAAAUCUGGGACACAGCUGGUCAGGAGCGCUACCACAGUCUGGCUCCUAUGUACUACAGAGGCGCCCAGGCAGCCAUUGUGGUCUAUGAUAUAACAAAUGAGGACUCAUUUGUACGGGCGAAGAACUGGGUCAAAGAGCUUCAGAGACAAGCCAGUCCAAACAUCGUAAUAGCCCUGGCUGGGAACAAGGCGGACCUCGCAAACAAGAGGGCUCUGGACUUCCAGGAUGCACAGUCGUAUGCGGACGACAACAGUUUGCUUUUCAUGGAAACCUCAGCAAAGACCUCCAUGAACGUGAACGAGAUUUUCAUGGCCAUCGCAAAGAAGCUUCCGAAGAAUGAGCCGCAGGCCGCGGGCGCCAGCAGCGGACGGAACCGGGGCGUGGACCUGACGGAGACGGCCCAGCCCAGCAGCCGCCCCUGCUGCAGUAACUAACCCGGCUGCUCCACUUACCUCUUCCUCCUCUCGUCUCCCACCUCUCCACCGAACAACAUCCGGACGUCGGACCCGUUGACUUCCAGACGUCAGACCUGCUCUUGACCCCUCACUUCCCCGGAAUAGCUAAAAGACUCUGUAUAGCUGCAUUUCUAAUACCUUUUUUUUUUGUUUUGUUUGUUUUUUGUUGUUCUUUUGUUUUGUUUUUUAAACUUUUUUUAAGAAGUGUAUAUCAGUAUAACGGAUGCAUGUAUCACUACAACUCCUGGGGGGAGGGGGGAAGAAAGGAAAACAACACAUUUUUAUCUUUUAUUCAGUUUAAAGACUAACCCCCUUUCAGAAAGAUGAGCAAGCGAGAAACGUGUGAUUGCGGCGAGUGCGAGAGCGCCUAUGAGGGUUAGUUUGUCUCUCAGCAGGGUUGCCUGGAUGUCGCCUGUAGUAGCCUGUGUUUGGGUUAUUUUGGUUUCGGGUGUUUUUUGGGGGGCGGAGUAGGGGGAUUUUUUUGCUGUAUAUUAAAGGAAAAAAACCAAAUUGUUCCCUUGUUGAGUUGCUCAGCCUCUCGGGCUGUUUGUUGUUGGCAACAUUCGAGCGGAGACGAUGCCAGGAACGGAUCGCUGUGCAAAA